AAUAUACAAAUAUAUAAAACGAUGAAAGUGAAGAAUCAAAAAAAGAAAUUAAAGAAUACAGAUAUUUUAUCUGCUGGUAGUAAAAUUUAUGCUAAAAAGAGAAAGGCAAAAGAAGAUAUCGUUGAAAGUGUCGACUUUGACGAAGCAAGUAGAACCGAAUUCUUAACAGGAUUUCAUAAACGCAAACUGGAAAGAAAGAAAAAGACAAAAGAAAAAUAUGCUAAAUUAGCGAGAGAAGAAAAACUUCGAAAUCGACGAGAGAUGAGAGAACAACGUCAACGUUUAGCUGAUAAAAAUAUACAAGAAAUGGCAGCCAUGUUAAGAACAAACAUUGAAGAAUCAGACACAUUUGACUCUGAAGAAGGUGAAGAAGAAGAGCAACCAAAGAAAGAACCCAAAGUAAAAGAAUUUAAAGGCAAGUCUACAUUAACAACAGUGACUGUGAUAGAGGACUUGAAUUUAGACGAUCAAUAACUUGAUGAUUUAAACUGUAUUAUAAUUUAACUUGAUACGUAUAUCCUUAUCCAAAUAAAGUUUUAUUCUGAUAAUCAAUAUCAA